CCAAGGCCCAGGCGGGGAACGGAGGCCGUCCCGCCCGAGCCGCCCGCCGCAGCGCCCUGACGGGAAGGCGCCGCCGCCGCUCGGCAGCGCCCCGCGCCCGGAGCGGGGCCACCGGGUGCCGCCGCCCCGCACCCGCGGGAGUCGGUGCCGCCGCGCCUGGGCACCCGCCGAGAUUGCUUUUGGAGGAGCGGACCGCAGUGGGGGCGAGGAGGAGGAGGAGGCGGGCGACAGCCCCGGAGGAGGCGGCCGCCAGUGCGGGGCGGGCGGCGGCUCGCCGGGGCGGCGGGGGAACACCAUGUCCAAGCCGGUGGAUCACGUUAAGAGGCCGAUGAACGCCUUCAUGGUGUGGUCGCGGGCGCAGCGACGAAAGAUGGCCCAGGAGAACCCCAAGAUGCACAACUCGGAGAUCAGCAAGCGCCUGGGCGCCGAGUGGAAGCUGCUGACCGAGUCGGAGAAGCGGCCCUUCAUCGACGAGGCCAAGCGGCUGCGGGCCAUGCACAUGAAGGAGCACCCCGACUACAAGUACCGGCCGCGGCGGAAGCCCAAGACGCUGCUCAAGAAGGACAAGUUCGCCUUCCCCGUGCCCUACGGGCUGGGCGGCGUGGCGGACCACGAGCACCCGCACGGGCUGAAGGCGGGCGGGCUGCAUGCCGGCGCGGCCGGCGGGCUGGUGCCCGAGUCGCUCCUGGCCAACCCCGAGAAGGCGGCAGCCGCCGCCGCCGCUGCCGCCGCUCGCGUCUUCUUUCCCCAGUCGGCCGCCGCCGCUGCCGCCGCCGCCGCCGCGGCCGCCGCUAGCAGCCCCUACUCCCUGCUGGACUUGGGCUCCAAAAUGGCCGAGAUCUCAUCAUCCUCCUCUUCCUCGGGCUCCGGGUUGCCCUACGCCUCCUCGCUGGGCUACCCCGGCGCCGGCGGGGCGGGCGCCUUCCAUGGGGCCGCCGCUGCUGCCGCCGCCGCCGCCGCCGCCGCCGGGGGGCACACGCACUCGCACCCGUCGCCCGGUAACCCGGGCUACAUGAUCCCCUGCAACUGCAGCGCCUGGCCCGGCCCGGGGCUGCAGCCGCCGCUGGCCUACAUCCUCCUGCCGGGCAUGGGCAAGCCCCAGCUGGACCCUUAUCCCGCAGCCUACGCCGCGGCCCUAUGACCCGCGGCCGGAGGAUGCCCGCGCAGAGCUCCGGUGCCCGUCUGGAUGGCUGCCGGCGCAUACCUGCGGACGGCGAGCGGGGCGUGUCACCGCCGGGACCGCGGCGGGUGACCGGGGCAGGCGAUGGGGCAGCGCCGGGGCGGUGGACGACCUGUUGCGCGUCCCCUGCUCGCUGCCCCGGGUAGAGCUUGUGUGUGUUGCAUGCGGUCUGUGCAGAUAGCCCAGCUGAAACAGAAGAGAUAAAAAGAGGAAAGAAAAUUUUAAAAAGAAGAAGAAAAAAAGAAAAGAACCUCUCCGUCCUGCCCCUCAAAGUGUGUGUUCGGGACAGACACAGGGUGUAGCACCCAUCCGCCGGCUCCGGUUUCUCCCUCCCUGGCUGCUCGCGCCCCGCGCGGUGCUCGCUCAGAACAGUCCCGCUGUAGCAUCCCGCCACCGAGAGGAGAGACAGGGGUGGCUGGAGGGUAGUGAGGCCCCGGCUCGGCACGGCAGUGCCAGGUGCGGCCCCGGGAAGGGACAGGGUGGCUCUGUCCUUUUUUCGUAGCCCCUCUUGGGAUCCACGCGAAGAAGAAUGUCGGCGGUGUGGGAUGCUGUCCGUCCCGCGUGGGUUUCUGCCCUCCGCUGUUACGGGAUGCUGAGAAGCGCGGGUCACGAUUUCCGUAGGAUAAGACGCGUGACUCGGACCCCAUGUGUCUCCCCCCACCCCUCCCCUCCACUAAUUAAAUCUCACCCUCAGACUGUAAAUUUGUAUAUCUCUGUGGAAAUGUUAGGUCUCGGAUGGAAAACUCUGUUAGUUACUUCGCCCACGGUCGAUUCAGUUUUAACCUGAAAAAAAAUGGAGAAAAAAAAAAAAAAAGGAAUGCCUUUCAAAGGGAAUAAAAAUAUUGCGAGACUGCUCAAGGAUCGCAAUAUUAUCUAAGGUUAAAUCAGACUUUUUUGUCUGAGUGAUAAUUAUCUAUUUAUUAUUUAGCUGAACUGAAACAGAGCUUUGCUUUGACAGAAGAGUAUUCUCAUUUAAAAGAAAGCCCGUCUCCCCCAUCAACAUGAAGUGUUUCAUAUGUGUUUUGGAGUACUCUACCUGUUAAGCUUAUUUUAGAGCUACUGCAAUUCAAUUGCAAAUGCCGUUUAAAAAAAAAAAAAGAAAGAAAAAGUUUAGAGAAAAAAAUCCUUCAUCAGUUUAGAGUUCUUUUUUUGGUUUACUUUUGUAAUGUGUAUAUUUUGACUAAUGUUUGUGAAUGAAGCUGGCUAACAUGUAUUUAGUUUCAUUUUGGCUUUAUGUAAUAUAAAGUGAAAAAAAAAAUUAAGUAAUGGUUUUAACAUUUACGUGUAAAUGGUUUUCUUGUGUGAUCUUCUAAUUUAAAGUUAGACGUCUAAACUAUAUCUGUAAAUUAGAUUCCGACUACCACUCUGUUCAUUUUUGAACAAAGAGUUUAAAUAAAGCCUGAAGCAGGGAAAAGAGAAAA